AUGGCCGGUCCAUUCACGAGUCCCUUUGGGGAUAAUAGCAACCCUUUCGGUAGCAACGCCGCAGCCAACAACUUGAUGCACCGCGUCAUUGAGGAGGAAGAGAACGAUACCAUCGCUUCUCCCACGGACAGACACUUUGGCAACGGCCCCGUGUCCAUGUUCUCUGGCCCUUUUGGUGGCGACGCAUCCUCCGACGUCCCUCUCACCUCCAGGAGCCCACCGAACCCAGAUAGCUACCCAGCUCAGUACAACUUUGCCCGUCGAACUUCAGUGUCGGCAGAGUCCCUCAAACCCACUGCCGACAGUUCUGAUAACUGGACCCCCCCAUAUCAUGAGAAGUCCGCGGAGCAGAUAGAGCGGCUCACGCGCGCCAUUGAGGGCAACUUUUUGUUCAGCCAUCUCGAGGAUGAACAGAGCGCCCAAAUCUUGGGCGCCUUGGUCGAGAAGCCGAUACCUGCCAAGGGAAUCAAGGUAAUCAGCCAAGGAGAUGCUGGCGACUACUUUUACGUCGUGGAGAAGGGUUCAUUUGACGUACAUGUCAACCCGAGUGGAGCCCUCCAACCCGGUGCCGACGGCAUGGGAGACAAGGUUGGCGAUAUCCAGGCCGGCGGUUCUUUCGGCGAGCUAGCGCUCAUGUACAAUGCCCCGCGAGCCGCCACCGUCGUCUCGGCCGAAGCUGGGUGUACCGUGUGGGCUCUCGAUCGUCUGACCUUCCGGCGCAUCUUGAUGGAAUCGACGUUUGCUCGCAGACGGAUGUACGAGAGUUUCCUUGAGGAGGUCCCUAUCCUCAAGACCAUCACACCCUACGAGCGUUCCAAGAUUGCCGACGCAUUGGAGACGAAGAAAUUUGCCCCGGGAGAGCUCAUCAUCAAGGAGGGCGAUCCAGGACAUGCAUUCUACCUCCUAUCGAGUGGCGAGGCAGACGCCUACAAGGGCGACCCGUCGAACAAGGUGCUCCACUACAGCAAGGGAGACUACUUUGGCGAGUUGGCUCUGCUGAAUGACGCGCCGCGAGCCGCUAGCGUCGUAGCCGCGUCGGAUGUAAAGGUGGCCAGCCUAGGCAAGAACGCAUUCCAGCGGUUGCUGGGACCCGUGGAGGGAAUCAUGCGACGGACCAAGUACGAGGGUGUCAAGUCGGGCGUCGAGGAGAUGGACCCCCUGCAUACGGGCUAG